CUGGGCACAGCUGGCCGGGCUGUUGCUUUUUGCCACAGCAGUCGGGGAGAAGCCAGUCAGGGCGAUGGUGGAAGGGCCGGGAUGCGUCCUGAAUGCAGAGAAAAUCCGGGCCCGGGUGCGCCCGGGACAGGCGGUGACCAGUGUAAGAGGAAGCGCGAUACAGCCGCCCGGGCCCCCCAGGUCCCCAGCAGCUUUUCCCGGGGCUUCUGCGUCCUCUCCCUGGAUCACUCCAAUGAAUAGUGAGAAAGAUUCCUGUUGGUAUUUCCCAGAACUGCUUAAUGGAUGUGUUUACAAUGGUGUGGAAACUUUGGGGAAGGAGCUUUUUAUGUUCUUUGGGUUAAAAGCUUUAAGAAUUCAUUUUGGAAUGAAUGGCUCUGUCCUGAUUAAUCCUCCCAAGAGUAAAGAUCAAGCUAGAGCACCCCCUGCUUUUGAAGUGCUGCUCACCAAGGAUUUGAUUUGUUUCUAUGACUCAACUGUAGAACUCAGGAAUUCUCUGGAAAGCAAACAGAGAAUAAGAAUGAUGGAAGACUUAGAUGUCUGCUCACCCAAAUUUAACUUCUCAAGGGCAGAAAGUGAAGUGAAAAAACAAAAGGAUCGAAUGUUAUGUGAUGUGUUAUUAGAUCAGAAUGUGUUACCUGGGGUUGGAAACAUCAUCAAAAAUGAAGCCCUCUUUGAUAGUGGACUCCACCCAGCUGUUAAAGUUUCUCAGCUAAAAGACGAACAGACACAUCACCUCGUAAAAAUGAUACGUGACUUCACAAUUCUCUUUUAUAGGUGCCACAAAACAGGUUCAGCUCUUUAUAGACAUUAUAAGGUGUACAAACGUUCUGACUGUGGUCAGUGCUGCAGCAAGAUAACUGUAUGUCGCUUGGGGGAGAAUAAUAGAAUGACAUAUUUCUGUCCUCAAUGUCAAAAGGAAAACCCUCAAUUUCUUAAUAUAAGCAAGCUGUCCACAAGAAACAGUCUAAUUGGCUGGGCAUAUAGCAGGGGGCUGUAUCCUAAUGAACAUGUUGCUCAGAAAACUGAAGAGGAAUGGACAUGUGCUGUCUGCACCCUAAUAAACAAACCUUCUGCUAAGGAAUGUGAUGCUUGCAUGACUUCAAGGCCCAAUGAUGCAAAAGCAGAGGAGGAUGCCAAUAAUUCUGUCACCUAUGACAACAGUUUGAUGAAAUAUCCUUGUAAUAAUUUUGUCAAACAGCGUCCAGAAGUGAAGAUUAACCGGAAAACUACAUUUGGAAUGACAACCUUGGUUUUGACAGACCUAAGCAAUAAAUCCAGUUCUUUAGAAAAUAUCAGAAACCAAAACCUGAAGCCCAGUGGAGAUUUUCAAAACUCAUCUGUUGGUAACAUUUGUUUUAGCAAUGCGCAGCAUACCUCCAAGGAGAAAGACAAAUAUAUGACUCUAACAUCAGACAAAGUCAAUGGAUCACCAGUAUUUGACUCUCAAUCUAGUUUGAGUCCAGCACACAAAAAAUUAAAGACUAACCACUCAUUUCCAGAACCCAAAAGUUGCAGCCCUAACUUCUCAAGCAUGUAUAAUGCUUCCAACAAUGGCCUUACUUCUUUCAGUGAAUUUCAAGUUAAUAUGACAGAUAGUACUUGUACAAAAACCACUGACAGUCCUCGCUGCAAUAUACAUAAGCGCCUCUGCGUUCUCCGAGUUGUGAGAAAGGAUGGAGAAAACAAGGGCAGGCAAUUUUAUGCUUGUCCUUUACCUAGAGGAAGCCAGUGUGGAUUUUUUGAAUGGGCUGAUUUAUCAUUUCCAUUUUGCAACCAUGGAAAACGUUCAAUCAUGAGAACUGUGUUGAAAGUUGGACCUAAUAAUGGAAGAAACUUUUUUGUGUGUCCCCUUGGGAAGGAUAAACAAUGUAAUUUCUUUCAGUGGGCCCAAAAUGGACCAGGAAUAGAGAUUAUCCCAGGAUGCUAAUUGUUGUUUUUUUUUUUUUCAUUUGCAUAGCAUAUCUAGUUGUUAAUCUCUUAAAAUGGUAUAUCUGGUAUUAGUUUCUUUUUAUUUAGUUUUGGGGUUAAAUACUAUGUAGUUCACCAGGAUGCUUGAAAAUUACUGUUGAUAUUGCAGAGCUUUUAAUAGAUUUCUUUUAGCCUCUUCUGUAUAAAUGUAAUCUUCCCUCUCCUCCUGCUCUGUAUUGCUUUUUCCUCCUAAGAACAUUGUAUUUUGUCAGAUAUAUGAAUACCUUCUGUGUAAUGAAUGUAUUUAAUGACACAAAUAAAGCACUUUUAGCAAAAUA